GCUGUGGAUCUGCAGGUGUCUCGCCUGGGUGUGUGUGCUCGUGUUUGGCUCCCGAGUUUGUAUCCCUACACCGAGAUGUUGGCGUUUGUCACCCGGAGGGGUGUCUGCGUGAGUCCUUGCCCGCGUGUCUGCGGGGUGGGGUGCACCUGUCCGUUUACGGGUGUGGGUGGCCACCCCCCAAACCAGAGUUGUAUACGUGUGCUCUUAAGGGGUGAAAAGGGGAUCUGUAUCUGUCGCUUGCCUGGUAGUGUUGGUGGUGGUGGUGCGGACGACCGGGGCACUUGAGCUGUGUUUGUGUGUCGCUUGAGUGAGCUGUGUUGCUGUGCAGGGGUCUCGCCCAAGUGUGCGCUGCGUGUGUGUGUGUGUGUGUGUGUGUGUGUGUGUGUGUGUGUGUAUGCGCGCGCGCGCGUGCUGUCUCUGGGUGUCUCCAAGACAAGCAUCUGCUGUACCCAGCUUUUGGGAUGGGAUGCCACCCAGUGCCUGAUCGCUCGCUGGGUGACUUCUGAGCAGCAAAAGGCACACAAGGCUCCAGGGAGCGCCAUGGCCCGCGCACGCCAGGAGGGCAGCUCUCCGGAGCCCGUAGAGGGUCUAGCCCGCGACAGUCCGCGCCCCUUCCCGCUCGGCCGCCUGAUGCCCUCCGCUGUAUCCUGCAGCCUUUGCGAGCCCGGCCUGCCCGCCGCCCCUGCUGCCCCUGCCUUGCUGCCGGCCGCCUACCUCUGCGCCCCCACCGCUCCACCUGCCGUCACCGCCGCCCUGGGGGGCCCCCGCUGGCCUGGGGGUCACCGCAGCCGGCCCAGAGGCCCGCGCCCGGACGGUCCUCAGCCCUCCCUGUCACCAGCCCAGCAGCACUUAGAGUCGCCCGUGCCCAGCGCCCCGGAGGCCCUGGCAGGAGGCCCCACCCAAGCUGCCCCGGGAGUGCGUGUGGAGGAGGAGGAGUGGGCCCGGGAGAUCGGGGCCCAGCUGCGGCGGAUGGCGGACGACCUCAACGCGCAGUACGAGCGGCGGAGACAAGAAGAGCAGCAUCGACACCGACCCUCACCCUGGAGGGUCAUGUACAAUCUCUUCAUGGGACUCCUCCCCUUACCCAGGGAUCCUGGAGCCCCAGAAAUGGAGCCCAACUAGGUGCCUACACCCGCCCGGGGGACGUCGGAGACUUGGGGGGCAGGACCCCCUCCGCCUUCUGACACCCUGGCCAGCGCGGGGGACUUUUUCUGCACCAUGUAGCAUACUGGACUGCCAGCCUUGCCCGUCCCAGGGGCAGGCAAGGGAUGCCACUCGAGCCCGGGCAGCCUGGGUGCACUGAUGGAGAUACGGACUUGGGGGGACCCUGGCCUCCCGAAAGCCAGGGAAGGGAGGGCUGAAGGACUCAUGGUGACUGAGGGGGUGGGGACCGAGCCGCCCGCCUCUGCCGCCCACCACCAUCUCAGGAAAGGCUGCUGGUGCUGGCUGCCCGUUCCAGCUGCAGGGGGGACGCUGGGGGUGUCCCCAGUGCGCCUUCACUUUGGGCCUGGCCUCAGGCCCCUGGUGCUUCCCCCCCUCCUCCUGAGGAGGGGGUCUGUGAAGAGCAUAUGAGCCAAACCUGACCACUAGCCUCCUGGAGCCAGAGAAUGGGGGGCGUGUGAAGGCCUUCUUAACCCAGUGCCCAGCCAUCUUCCCUGAGCCGCCGGCGGGCGGUGAACGAUGCCUGCCUCACCUUCAUCUGGGGGUGUCCAGGAGGGGUCCAGACUGUGAAUCCUGUGCUCUGCCCGGGACCACCCCCCCCCCCCCAAUCCCCAUCCAUCUCAUUGCAUAGGUUUAGAGAGAGCACGUGUGACCACUGGCAUUCAUUUGGGGGGUGGGAGAUAUUGGCGGAAGCCACCCCAGCCUUAGUCCCCAGGGCAAAGCGCUGGGGAGGAAGAUGGGGAGUCAGGGAGGGGGGAAGUCUCAGAAGAGGGAGGAGUCUGGGAGCGGGGAGGGACGGCCCAGCCUGUAAGAUACUGUACAUGCACUGCUGUAGAUAUACUGGAAUGAAUUUUCUGUACAUGUUUGGUUAAUUUUUUUUGUACAUGAUUUUUGUAUGUUUCCUUUUCAAUAAAAUCAGAUUGAACAGUGAA